AUGAAGUGUCAACUAAAUCUUAAAUGGUUAACAGGAGUUGUUAAGUCAUUCUAUGUACAUUCACUCGAUACAUUCCAAACUAUAUUAGAGAGAGAGCUCAUCAUUUCUGAAGGAAUGAUAACGCGUCUCUUCUAUCAAGGAAAAGAGGUACCACUUAAUAUAACAGUAGGAUGUUUAGGUAUUACUUCCAAAUCUGUUAUCAUUGUUUACCAGAAAUUUGUUUGUUCAGUCAAAAAAGAAAGUCAUUCAGCUCCUCAUUCGGUUGUUAGAUUUUCAAAGGAUCCCAAACAUAAUACUCAAGUGAAGAGACAGAUUCUUAAUGAUAUUUGUAACAAAUCUAUAGAUCAUUUGUAUUCCAUGUUGGAAUUACAAACUAAGAAAAAUAUAUUAUUUACAGAAGGAUACAGUCGUCACCUAAACAUGCAAAAUCAGAUAGAUCCAGACGAAUUAACUAUAAAUCUUGACUACGAGUCUAAGAUAUCAACAGAGCCACUCCCGAUGCCCUGUAAUCAUUGUACUUGCAAUUGUAAUUCAGUACAUAUAGAUGAUAGUGAUCUCCUUGAGACUACCUUACAUGUUGCUAAGAAAUCAGAAAAUAGUAAUGUUUGA